GACUGUGAUCAUUAUUCGUGAUCGCAGUUCUGUCGCGACUGUCGUUCGAUCGAAGGUGGAAAAUGUUGACGCUUCUGCUGGUGAUUCUUCUGGUUACAAUCUUCAUUGAGAUCUACUUCAGAACACGGCCUGUCUACGUGAACAUUGCCCGAAAGAUCGAUGGCCCACCUGUGCUGUUCUUCCUUCAGGCGAUUAAAUUUCUCGCCAGUCUCUCCCUGGAGAGCACCUUCAGUCAUCUCCGGGAUUAUGCUCAGACCUUCCAAAAAACCUACAGAUUCUACGCCUUUGGACGACUUUCAAUCAAUGUGAUUCGUGCCAAAGAAGUUGAGAUUUACCUCUCGGCCAACAGGCACAUGGACAAGGGUCAGUUUUACAAGUUUUUUUCAGCUUUCCUGGGUGAAGGAUUGCUGAUCAGUAAGGGUGAUAAGUGGGCUCAGCGCAGGAAGAUUCUAACUCCUGCCUUCCACUUUAACAUCUUGCAGCAGUUUCUUAGAGUUUUCCACGAAGAAAGUGCUAAACUUGUCACCCUCUUGGAUUAUGGUAUUGAGAAAAAUGGUCAGGAUGUUGUGAAUCUUCCUCCUAUAACUUCAAGAUUUACACUCAACACAAUCUGCGAGACUUCAAUGGGAGUCAAGUUGGAUUCAAUGGAAGAACCUGAUGAGUAUCGCAAAAAUAUUUAUUCAAUUGGAAAGCUUCUUAUAUCAAGAAUUCUCAAACCGUGGAUUUAUCUGGAUCUACCCUACAAAUUGUUGGGAUACAAAAGAGAAAUGAAUCGACCGCUGAUUCCCAUCCAUAGUUUUACCAGGAAGAUUAUCAGGCAGCGUCGGGAGAGAUUUCACGAAGAGGGAGCAGUUGACUUUGCUCAUGGUGAUCGAGAGAAUGUCUAUGAGACCAAGAAGCGCAGGUAUGCCAUGCUGGACACACUCCUAGCAGCUGAAGCUGAUGGUUUGAUCGAUGCUGAAGGAAUCCGGGAAGAAGUGGAUACAUUUAUGUUUGAAGGACAUGACACCACAUCUUCAGCAUUGACUUUUAUAUUCCUGCUUUUGGCACAUCAUCCUGAUGUCCAGGAGAAAGUUUUUGAGGAAAUAAAAAACUUAGUGGAAGCAAAUCCUGGGCAAUCCCUCUCAAUGGCUCAAUUGAGUGAAUUGUCCUAUACUGAUCGAGUUAUCAAAGAAUGUCUAAGACUUUAUCCUCCUGUCCCAAUCAUUUCCCGGGAAACCAGUGAAGAGUUCAUUCUAUUUGGCUGCAAGAUUCCCAUCAAGACAAUGAGUCAUAUCCACAUCUUCGACCUCCACCGUGAUCCUGAUCAAUUUCCCGAUCCUGAAACCUUUGAUCCAGACAGGUUCUUGCCGGAAAACAUCGAGAAGAGGCAUCCCUUCGCCUAUGUCCCCUUCAGUGCUGGCCCGAGAAAUUGCAUUGGGCAGAAAUUCGCGCUGCUGGAGAUCAAAGCUCUUCUCAAGCAUAUUCUCUUGCACUUCCGGUUAACUCCAAUCACCAAGCGAGAGGAUAUUGUCUUCAUAGCUGAUCUCGUGCUUCGCAGUCGUGAUCCUGUUCGUGUAAAAUUCCAUAGAAGAAGGUGAAGUAGAAGAAUCUCAAGAUCGAGACUCCAGAAAGUAUUGAGUUAGGUGUUUUUAAAUAAAUGACAAUUUGACUCUAAAAUAUUUCAGUAAAAAAUUGUGAAAAAUCCUUCAUUGUGUAAUGCAAAUCCACCAUGAUUUUUGGUAAUAUAUUUUUAUAAUUUUAAUCACUUUUUCUAGGUACAAUAAAGAAAUUUGGUCCAAUUGCA